CAGAUUUCCAGUUCCGGCGUAUGAGGAGGGAAAUUGGAAUUUUGUAAACAAAAUGCAAAAUGUCAGAUAGAAGACCUGCGAGAGCAAGAAAAGCUGUUGAUUAUGCCAAGUUUGGAGGACCUGAUGAUUUUGAUGAUGACUUUGCAGAUCUAACUCCACCUCCAAGUAAAAAGGCUAAAACUUCUUCAAGCAAAGACUUACAGAAAAAAACUACAGCAAUCACAGACAAAAAGAAACCUACAAAAAGUAGAACCCCUUUAGCAGAGAAAGUUUAUGAAAGGGAACUUCAGGCAGCAUUAGAACUCUCUUUGAUAGCAUCUCAAAGUUCUAACUGUGAUGAUGACGAUGAAGAUUUUAAACCUAAAAACAAUAAAAAGUCAAAUGUGAUAAAGAUAGAAAAGGAAAAAAUCAAUAAAACACCAGUGACUUCAACACCUUUUGAAGAAGUAAAGCAGAACGAUGUGAUAUGUUCAGUAGAAGUGAAUAAAGACAAAAAUAUAAACUGUAUCAAUAUAGAAAGACUGGGAAAUAGUUCAGAAAAGACUGAAACAGUGCAUGCAGAACACAAUGUUGAAAAUCAUAAAAUUUUACAUGAAAUUCAAAGGAAUAAAUCAGAUGGUAAUGAUAGUGAUAGUAUAAUUGUAUUAGAAGAUGAGGAAGAGCUAGGAAAGGGUGGGCGGAGGAAAUCAGUGAUCAAGGCCAAGGUUGUUUAUGAUGAUAGUGAGGAUAAUGAAAGUGAGUUUUCUGUGGAUGAGGAUGAUGAUGAUGAUGAUCCUAGUGAUGAUGAUUAUGAUGAAGACAAUGAUAGUGACUUUGAUUGUGGUAGUAAAAAGAAGAAAAAGGAUGCAAACAAAAAGACUGUCACACCUAAACCUACAAAACAAACUAAAACUAAUGUUGGCACAAAGCCUGCUGCAGCAUCCAAGCCUGGAGCUGAUUCUAAAGCAAAGACCAUUAUGCCUGUAGUAUCAUCAAAAGGUCCACUCAAAAGUCCAGCCAUUACAGUUAGAGCUGCAGUGAAAAGUCCAGCCAUUACAGCUAGACCUGCAGUGAAAAGUCCAGCCAUAAGAUCAGCAAUCUCAAGUCCAAUAGUAAGAACUGUACCUAAAUGGAAUCCUCCAGGUUCAGCAGAAAAUGUAAAUUCACCAUUAGGGAGUGCAUCUAUUCAAUCUCCAUCAUCAGGAGGGAUGAGAGUUGGACUAUCUAGAAAUCAGAGAGUAAAAUCACUACAUCCUGGACUUACACUCAAAACGACUUGAUGUUUUAAUAUUUAUUGUUUUAAUAAAAUUUUAGAUUGUAA